CACAAGUCAGCCACAGUCGCCUUGCCACCAGCCAACUUGGGCCAUUUGGGAGGAUGAAGCGUGACAGGCCCCCCGACGAGGGGCGAGCCAAGCGAGCGCGCAACGAGAGCUAUGGCCAGUCUGCGCAGCCUGGGCAGCCUGCGGUGGGCACCAUCGUGAACUACUACCCGCAGAAGGGCUACGGGUUUCUCAAGUCCAACGUGGCUUCGAAGGAUGUCUUCUUCCCGAAGGCUGCGCUGCCGCCAGAGAUGCAGGACAUGGAGAACGAUCAGCUCAAGGGUAUUGAGAUGGGCUUCAACUUCUCCGAGCGCGACGGCAAGCCCCGCGCGGAGCGCCUGGAGCGGUUGGACCGGCGCUCGGAGCCGUCCGGCCGGCCCAUGUCCGCGCCGCCCAUGCCGCCCGUGCGCGGCUCCGCUGGAGGGCGGCCGCCUCCCUUUCGAGGCGAGCCAGAACCGCGGCUUGUUGUCCAGACGGGAGUCGUGCGGUCUUACGAUGCCAAGAAGGGCUUCGGCUUCAUCCAGACCGACCACAUGGGGGAAGAUGCCUUCUACCUUAGGAGUGAGCUGCCCCCCGAGCUCGCCGGCAUCGAGCCGCGCCGAGAGCAGGUGGUCGACCGAAGAGUGGAGUUCGAGGUUCGCACCAUGCCGGACGGCAAGAUCCGGGCAGAGCGCAUCGCGUUUCUGCCGGACCGGGCGCCGGAGCGGGAGCGAGAGCGGCCCGACCGGCAGGCGGCCUCCUCAGGUCAGGGCUACAGAAACGGCCGCAUUCGGAACUUCUACCUGGCCAAGGGCUACGGCUUCAUCGAAGUGCCCGGGCAUCCCGACGUCUUCUUUUUGCCCAGCUCCUUGCCCAAGGACUUGGUGGAGUCCAACCGUCCGCUGGAGGGCCUGGAGAUCACCUUCGAGGCCUACACCAACGAGGAGGGCAAGCCGCGGGCCCGCCACAUCCAGCCGUUGCCAAUUCGCGCCCCACCCCCACCGCAAGCUCCUCCCCGAGUGCACAUGGCGCCUCCGAGUGCACCGGUGGUGCCUAUCCCCGCACCGGCGCCUAUGCCCUUGACGGCGGAGCCCAAGCUGGCGCUGGGCACCGUGGCGAACUACGAUCCCAACAAGGGCUUCGGCUUUCUGAAGUCCGAGACCAUCCCCACGGACGUCUUCUUCCAAAGGCAAGAGCUUCCACUUGAGCUGCGGGAGGAGAAGAAGGAGCUGGUGGGCAAGCUCAUGGAGUUCGAGGUGAAGAAGAUGCGGGACGGCAAGCUUCGCGCAAGGAAGUUGUUGCACCUGAAGCGAGGCGGGCGUUUCGAAGUCCCAGCUCCUGGAAAGUUUGGGACAGGCUCGGGCCCUCUGGGACCCCGUGCACGGGGCAGGGUCAUCAAGUAUCACAAGGAGAAGGGUUAUGGCUUUAUUGAUUGCGACUUCGCCAACAACGUGUUCUUCCUACGAAGUUCUUUGCCCAAGGAUCUCAACGAUGCCUCUCUGGAGGAGCUGAAAGAGUUGGAGAUCUCUUUCGAGCUGUCCUCUAAGGAGCCCGGCAAGCCCCGGGCCUCGCAUCUGGAGAUCCUGGGCCGGGAGCGCCUCCCCGCGGGCAAGGCGCCUCAGGAGGGCGAGAUCCUCUCCGGCGAGAUCGUCGCCUUCGAGCCGGGCAAGGGCUAUGGCUUUGUGAAGACCAAGAGCUGUGAAGAGGAUGUGUACUUCAUCCGCGCUGAGCUUCCACCGGAGCUGUCUGAGUCGGAGCGAAGGGAAGAGGUGGUCGGGGAGCACGUCGAGUUCGAGUUGCAGAUCAUGUCAGACGGCAAGCUUCGGGCCCAGCGGAUGGUGCGCAACAGCCCAGGUGAUGAGUCGGAUUUGGAGGAGGAGGUAGUGCAGGAGAUGACCGACUAUCUUGCAGAGAGCAGAGGCCGCCAAGACUAUGGCAAGUUCACCAACCGCUUUCCGCGGGUGAAGAAGCCGAAGAUCCAGAAGCAUUUUGAAAUCAUUACCAGAGAUGGUCGGGCAGUGGUGGCGCUGCCGCCAGACCAUCCUCAGCGGGAGGACUCGCCGCCGAACUCGCCCCAUGACUCGCCCAACGAGGUCGAUGAGCCGAUCGAGGAGCUUCCUGAUGAUCAACGAGAUGACGAGCGGGAUAUGCUUGACGACUUCCCGGAGGAUCGACUUGAGGGGGAGCUGGAGGUGGAUCCCAACGAGCCCUCCAUCCCGCUGGGCCCCGGGGUGCAGCCACUGGGCAUCAUCCGGGACUAUGACGCAGGCAAGGGCUACGGCUUCAUCCGCUGCGAGGGCCUGGAGGAGGACGUGUUCUUCCCGCGGCAAGCCUUGCCAAAGUCCUUCCAAGGGCAGAACACGCGAGAGAUGCCAGAGUUGAAGGGCGUCCAGGUGAGCUUCGAUUACAAUCCCAGUCACAGCCGUGGCCCCCGCUCCGACACCGUGACGCUGCUGCUCAGCUGGCUGCAAGCAGACAGGUGUUGGCUCUUGAAGAGAGCCAAGAUCCCACCAGGUCCUCCAAAGAAGCGGUAGCCCGGCUAGCUCCGUUGACGGCAGGUGUGC